UUUUGGCGGGAACGCGAGGAGUGAAGUUGUGUGAUUUGUUUUAUUUUGUCUAUUUAGUGUUUCUUCAGGUUUAAAUGUGUAAUAACGGUGGUUUAUUAACUGUUUAAUAUCUGUGAAAGUGCACAAAUAUGGGAAAAUGAAACAAAGCCGCUGGACGUGACUUCUCGGGAUCCUCCAAAAAGUCCAAUGAAAAAGUUUCAGUAGAUGACCACCAUUUUACUGAGAUUAUAUUUCAUCCCAUAUCAUCUCAUCUCAUUUCAUUUGAUUUCAUCCCAGUUGAUUUAUGUAUCAAAUUAAUCAUCUUCAUUUCAUUUCAUCAUUUUUCAUAAAAAUAAGAAUAUAAAUUAAAUUAAGCAUGACUUAAAGGGCUUAGCUCUCUGGUCAUAAAAUCCCUUAAAUAAAAAAGCAAAUUGCAUAGAUAAUUCACUUAAUACAAGUUGUCAGCUGAAAAAAUAUACCUAGUAGAUAUAUACCUGUGUGUAUUAUUUGAAUUGAGUUUUCAAAUUCUGAACGUGAAAAUGUGUCAAAAUAUUACAUACUGUUAAAAAAAAUCUGUAAAAUAUGUUAUAAUUUUUACAUUAUCAAAAUAAAUAAAAAACAUAAAACUACGGAUGCUUGUAAACUGCGGCUAACGUGCACUAACCUCAGAACACAUGUAUAGUAUUAGUAAAUUGUCUAGUAGAGGUUUAGUUAGUUUAAUUCGUUUCCAUUGUUAUUCAACGGAUAGUUCCACUAAGAAACUGUUGGAAUUUUUAGCAACUAUGCCAAAAGCACAAACAGCUCGAAUAAUGGAGAUACAAAGAGGCAGACAGAACUUCUCAAAAAAGUCUGAAAAAUAUUCCCCUAGUACUGUGUAUCUUCAAGUUUUAGGAUCUGGAGCUCGUGGAGUGCCGAACACACUGUACCUUUUUUCUGAUCAGAAACGGUAUCUAUUCAACUGUGGAGAAUCUACUCAGCGCUUAGCACAUGAACAUAAGGUGAAACUGUCCAGACUUGAGCAUAUCUUCAUCACAAGCAAAACUUGGAGAAACAUUGGAGGCUUGCCGGGACUGUCACUUACAUUACAAGAUGUUGGAGUACCGAAUAUAACAUUGCAUGGUCCUGAGGGAUUGGAUGAACUGUAUAAUGCCACAAAAAGGUUUGUGAUAAUGAAAGAAAUGAAUGUGGCUAUGGCCAAAUGUAGUCCAAGCGAAGAUUUUGAAGAUAGCGUCAUGAGUGUUAAAUAUGUUUUACUCGGCCCUCAUGAAAGUCUACUAGCUAAAGAUCCAAAACCGACAACAAAGAAACCUAAAUUAGAUACAAAUACAGAUAAGCAAUUCGAAGAGUUCAUUCACGAUGAUACAGACUAUUAUAGAAAUGAAAUACGCAAUGCCGAAGCUAAAAAUAAAGUGGCAUCUAAAGAUAAGAACAAAACUAGAACAAGCCCUGAAAAAGAUCAGAUCAAGAAAAAAACUGAUAAAGUUCUACAUGAUCUUCAAAAGCAACCGCAUUGCUCAGUAGCGUACAUCUGUACACUUAAGAGACGCCUAGGCACCUUAGAUCUGGCCAAAUGCGUAGAACGCGGAGUUAAGCCAGGUCCUCUACUGGGUCAACUCAAAAACGGAGAAGACGUGGUACUGCCUGACGGGACUCUUGUACUGUCCAAAGAUGUCAAAACACCUGAUGAUCCCGGACCUGUAUUUAUUGUAAUGGAGGUACCAGAAAUAUCAUAUUUAAAGGAAUCAGAAUUCUCAGCUCACUUUGACGACGGAAAGAAUCCUGUUGAGAACGUACCGGCAAUAAUUGUUCACUAUUCACCACCGAAUGUGUUCAAUCAUCCCACUUACCGUGCCUUCCUCUCCAAGUUCGGGCCCACGACGCGGCAUCUGAUCCUGAACACUCAGAACUCUUGUCUCGGCUCGGAAGCUGUUCACCGAACUCAGCACAAGCUGCAUCUACUGGACCCGGAUAUAUUCCCUUUACUGAAAGACGUCAGUGUGCCGGCCGUGUGGAACGCUCAACCUCCCGUGCCCAAGACCGGCAGUCCUGUCAGACUUAAAGAAUUGGAGGAAUUGAAAAACAAGAUCGCCUUUGCCCAGUUCCAGAACAUAAUAAACAUGGAGGGUUCGUGCAAAGGAGAUGGCAUGUUGAACAUUGAUGACGGGUCAAAACUAGAAUUAGUGGCGGGCAGAACACUCACCAUGCACUAUCUAAGGCCACACAAGCAAGUUGACAGAUCAGCCGAACCAAAACUCCACAUACAAGACUACAUCCAAGAGACGAUGGACGUGGACGGGUUCGUCAGCAGCCUCGAGCAAUUCCGGCAUGUGGUCGAAGGGAUCCGGUACAACAACGGUGCACAGAAGGAAUACCCGAAGCUCGUCUUCUUGGGCACCGGUUCCUGUAUACCCAGCAAGACGAGGAACACCAGCUGCUUUGUGCUGCAUGUCGACGAACACAGUUCAAUAGUGUUGGACUGCGGUGAAGGUUCGUUCGGUCAAAUGGUCAGGUUCUACGGACCGAAGAAAGUCAAUGCCUUCUUGAGGACGGUGAAGGCUAUUUACAUUUCACAUCUUCACGCUGACCAUCAUAUCGGUCUAAUAGGACUACUGCAAGCUCGGCGAGAAGCUUUCGAAGAAUCCUCCGCGACCCCCGAGGCCGCGUACCUACUAGCGCCCGGCCAGAUCGUGUCCUGGCUGUCCGUCUACAACCAACAGUUUGAGAGGAUACAAAAUGACUAUACGCUAAUACCUAAUCAGAGUUUGCUUUACGAUAGUAGCACAGAGGAAAUGACGUCAGCAAUCCUAGCCAGGAUAGGAGUUCAAGCUAUCAAAACGUGCUUAGUAUCUCACUGCCCCAACGCCUUCGGAGUCGCCAUAGACUUGGACGGGACGCACAAGAUCACAUAUUCGGGCGACACUUUGCCCUGUGAGGAACUAAUUAAAAUUGGUGAGAAUUCAACCCUGUUGAUCCACGAAGCGACGAUGGAGGACGAGCUGGCGCUGGAGGCGCGGAUGAAGAUGCACUCGACGACGUCGCAGGCGAUCGCGGCGGGCCGGCAGAUGCGCGCCGCCUACACGCUGCUCACGCACUUCAGCCAGCGGUACGCGCGCCUGCCGCGGCUCAGCGCGCGCAUGCUCACCGACAACCGCAGCGUCGGCGUCGCCUUCGACAACAUGCAGGUGACAAUGAGCGACUUGGCCCUGCUGCCGCACAUGUACGCGCCUCUGCAGCUGAUGUUCGCGGAGCACUGCGUCGAGAUGGAGAUGAAGGCCGCCAGCCGAGCCAAGCAGAAGGAGAGGAGAAUAUCGACGCACAGCUUCCAGCCUGAAGAGAAAGCGGAGAGUGUCCAGUCGGAUCGCGGGCAACACCGCAAGAGUCCGCGCAGUCGCGCCGCGUCGUCGUCCCCCACCGCGCGGGCCAGAUACAGGGAGAGCAACGCGUCCCGGCUCAGACAAGAGAUCAAGGGCAUGACAGUGUCCGGUGUGAUCGGAAGAGUGCCGCGCAGUAAAUCGUCAUCCCCAGUCAAGAGCUGUUACAGAUCGCAGAGCAAAAGUUCGUCGCAGCAAAACCGUAAGGAAAUACAAGAAAAACUAUUGACCUCGAUCGGGACACCUCGCACAGUAAGCAACACGUCGAACUCUAGCGCUGUUCCACACGAGAGACUAAAUGUCAGACACAACGUAUCGACGGGACACAUCGUCGAUACACGUUCGAAAACGUUAAACUCUGUCACGAGGAUGCCGAGCAAAGAAGUUGUGGAGGUAUUGCUAACAAACGUUAACAGGAAGAUUAACUCUGCGAACGUGCCAACUGUUCCGAUUCCAUCCAAUCGCAGCAACACCGGCUACGGGAAGCCUUUAGUCACGUCCCUCAAUACAAAGCUGACGAUAAAACGUGAUCCGCCUCAGAAGGACAGCGCCGCUUCCAUCCUCAAAAGAAUAACACCGCGAUCGUCGCCAACAAUGGAUCGUAGAAAACUGUCUACCGCUAUUAACAAAGCGGAGGUCUGUGAACAUCGUUCGCCGCUAACAGUGAAGAAAAGGGAGGCGCCUAAAUCGACACGUGAGUGUGCCGCAAAGGAGACCUUUGGUUUUGCGAAGCCGAACUCUGGCACCGCAGUGCUGAGUAACAGUUUGUCGCCGUGCAGGAAUCGACUCGAGAAAUCACCAAGAUCUCUUUGCCGUGCUCCGUCACUCAGUCCAAGGUCUAAUAAACUCAUUAAGCUAUCAGACACUAGGCCACAAGACGCGAGAAGUUUUCCUGUAUACAACAAGUUACGGUCGACAAAACAAGAAUACCCUAAUGAAAUGAAGAGCUGGAUGAUACCAAGCACGCUCGAAACUCAGGAUACACCUGACAACUGUGAUAUCAGACAGACGACUGGGAAGAGAUUUCCGCAAUCCGCGCCACAAAGCACGAAGAGUUUUAAGCCGCAGCUCGAGGACAUAAAGAGUUCAUUUUUACUACUCAACAAUGGUAAACGAGAUGAUGACCCGAAAAAUAUCACACAAAAUCAGAAUUACAAACCAUUUGAUGAAGUAAAACGCAGGCAGCAGUUGGUGGAAGUAAAGAAAAAAUUUCAAAGUAAACAAUUUAAAAAAGACGCAUAGGCUCUUUUGUUACAGUGUAUGACAAAAUUGAAGGUUUGAAUUGGAUCUCGUGGAAAUAAUGAUGGUGUACAAUAAAGUGUUAUUUAUUUAAAUUUAUAGAUAUAUCAACACUGUCAUGUUCCAAUGUUGAAGCUUACAAACAUGUAUCUAUUCAAAAGAAAAUGAAAAAGUAAAUAAACUAAUUCUCUUUAGAUGUGGAUCCUU